AUUUCCCAGAAGGCCUUGACACAGGAAGCGGCGUCACUGUAUCGGUUGCGCUGCUACGUGUUCGGAAAAGGCAGGAAGUUGACAUGUCACCGUUGCUGCAUUGUUUUUUACACACUGAUUAAAAAGAGCUUUGCUUUAUAAGUUGCUGAUACUGCUGCAGAGCAGUAUGUUGCCAACGAGUUCCCCGCAGAUCCACCGGAACGGCAGUCUGAGCGCGCGGGAUGCAGCACGUCACACGGCCGGCGCCAAGCGCUACAAGUACCUGCGGCGAAUCCUGCAUUUCAGACAGAUGGAUUUUGAGUUUGCCAUAUGGCAGAUGCUCUACCUGUUCACAUCACCGCAGAAAGUGUACCGCAACUUCCAGUACCGCAAACAGACUAAAGACCAGUGGGCCCGGGACGACCCUGCGUUCCUGGUGCUGCUCAGCGUCUGGCUGUGUGUGUCGACGGUGGGCUUCGGUCUGGUUCUAGAAAUGGGUUUUGUGGAGACGCUGAAGCUGUUGCUGUGGGUUGUUUUCAUCGACUGCGUCGGAGUCGGAUUGCUCAUAUCUACACUCAUGUGGGUUGUCACAAAUAAAUAUCUAAUGAAACAUCCUAGCAGAGAUUACGAUGUGGAGUGGGGCUAUGCGUUUGACGUCCAUCUAAACGCUUUCUACCCUCUCCUGGUCAUUCUGCACUUUUUACAGCUGUUCUUCAUCAAUCAUGUUGUGGUCAUAAGUUCAGACUGGUUCCUGGGUUAUUUUGUGGGAAACACCUUGUGGCUUAUUGCAAUCGGUUACUAUAUUUACAUCACAUUCCUGGGCUACAGCGCACUUCCGUUUUUAAAGAACACCGCGGUGCUUCUGUAUCCCUUCGCUUUGCUCGGACUCCUGUAUGUUCUCUCCAUUUCGCUCGGCUGGAACUUCACUAAAGGUCUGUGCUGGUUCUACAAGCACAGGGUCCAGUAAAGGACAGCAAAACACAUGAUGGAGAGUGUGCUGUCGCUCUUGGGACUUUCUGACUUUUUGUAUAAUCUGUAAAUAUCAGUUUGGUUGUAGAGGAAAAGAAUUUCAAUUGUUUAUGGUGUCAUGAACCGUUUCUUUUUCUUCGUUUGAUACUCAGCCCUCAUUUAAUGUCGUGACGUGGAUUUGAAAAUGCAAACAUGGGGGAAAGUUUCAGUGUCUGAUAUGAUGCUGCGCUUUUUACUUGUGUAAAUGUGUACAAUAAAGAUAUUUUUAA